AUGCCCGCCAUGCGGUUGUCGUCUUCCAUCGCUGUGGCCCGAAGCCCUGUAAAAGUGAAAUCUGUCUUAGAUGAGAACAGGUUUUACACAAUGUGGAGCUUUCUAGACUACUGGAUCUUUUACAAUGCUUGGAUAUCAAUUCUGUUUACAAUUUUCCUGGGAGUUGCUUGUGAGAUAAUCUUCAUAAAAACUUGUGAAUUAUUUAAGAAGAAACUUGAGCUAUGGAAAAAUGGUAGUUCGUGUUCUCAGAGGCAGAAUGAAGAUGAUUGCCAAAGAGGAAAGAUACUUGCUAUAGAGUGCUGGUCCAUUUCCCAAACAUCUUCAACAGAAAAAGUUGAAACCUUUUCAGGAAGAGUAACAACCAGUCCUCCAUAUGUGGAGAAUGCAGAUAACAUUAGAGAAGAAGCCUUUUCAUCCAAUGAAUAUGAAUACCAAGAAAGCCAUUUUUGUGAAACUCGCUCAUCUUCAUGUGGGACCAGUACAUCCUUGUCCAUGUUUCACUCAAAAGUAAAGAAUUUUUUCAUGAGAUCCUUUCACAGAAAAUAUCCACAAAGUGAAUAUCAAUCAAAACCACUUUCCUCCAAUAAUUUAUUUUCAAUAAUGAAAACCAACAGGACAAAAACCACAACUACUGAUGCUGUCAGUUUUCAAAGCACUUUGUCAUUUACAAGAGCUGAGGAUCUCAAUGUGACACCAUGCCCGCCUGUCCAUUUAUUUCUCUCUAGUGACCAAAUUAGACAUGUGGAAGAAAAUGUGAGAAGGAAGAUCCCUGUGAACCCUAAAGCUAUGUCAGGGAGGGAUGAUGAUUGUCUGCACCUCAGAUCUCAGGAGCCAUUGGUUCAAUAUCAACAUCCUAAUGAAGAACUUCCUGCUAAAGCACUGGAUACUUUCCUGGACCAAAAUGCUAUGCAGAAUCAGUUGAUUUAUGAACAACAGUUUACUACCCAAACCCAACAAUGUAUUCACAACCAAGAGUCAGUCAUCAGCCAGCCUGGUUGUGUUCAACCUCUAGAUGUUAUGAGACUGCCAUUUUCUAGCAGCACACAAGACUCUUUCCAGGCCCAACAAAUAGACCAUAAAGAUAAGAGCCAACAUUUCAACCACAUCCCAUGCAUUGUUGAAACAGAAGAUUCAACCAAGGGCACAGAGUCUGAUGAAUAUUUCAGCAAGACACAAUGUUCUGUUUAUUUUAAUGACCAAAACAAGAGUAACCAUUUGGUUACAGGACAAAAUAGUAUUUUCCAGAAUGCCGAUUUUCUAUCUUCAAGAUCAAAUUCAUUGGCUGAAGAGUUUCCACAACAAAAGGUAAUAACAAGCCAACAAACAGUGACUUCACUGGAAUCAAACCAGUAUUAUGCACAUAGUUCAAUGUCUCUUUCACUUAACAUGAAAAGGCAGAGAAACAGGAGAAAGAUACCAGACAAUGAAAGAAAAGUCAGUCUUAAAGUUCCACCUCCCAAAGCUAAGAAAACCUCUCGUUCACAGGUAUUGCCAAUCAUAGUAUGUCAUACUUCAGAAAAUAAGAUUAAGUUGAGAUGCAAGAAGAAGAACAUGGUGCAUCAAAAAAAAAUCAUGUCAGAUAUAGCAAUGCAUCUUAUUUCUGUCUCUAAGCUUAUCACUCCCCAUGUUAAAAAGUAUUUCUUAAAAUGUCUAGUGGCAGUCAUUCCAGACUUAAUAACAUGUGAGCAUAUUCUGCAGGGGCAAAAUAAGUCACUAGAUAUGGAGAAAAUCAAUUAUACAAGGGCAGACAAGCAUACAGACAGAGACAAGGCUGCAGGUCCCAUGCCAGAGAAAUCAUCUGCUGGUGAUCAUUUAAUUGAAACAACAAAAUGUAGGGUCCCAUUUUGUGAAAAGCCCAUACAAACACUGGAUGGUCAUAGUACAGAAGACGAAGUCUUGAUCAAGGAUGUAUGUGCAGUUGCCACAAGACCCUUCAAAGUCAGAAAAAAAUCAUCAGGACCAAAAAGUGUACUUGGUGUCAAGCACAAAUUUAUAGUGAAAAAACGUGCAUUAUCCCUGAAGUUUUCUGUCACUGCACAUGACACUCAGAACCAUAGGAGAAAAGUGGGAGAUGGCUUUGAAAGUGUCAUAAAACAAAUGCUGCAUGAUGUAACACUGGCACCUGGGCUUCUGAAUGUUCACCCUCAGAGGUCUAGCAUUCACAAUAAUAAAAUACAUAUCAAGAUAAUACUGCAAAAAACUCAAGUUGAAAGGAAAGAAAAGAAUAUGGAUUCCCUUAAUACAGAAAGGAAAGCUGUAGAUCCUCUAGAAGUUCAAUUGUGCCAUGGUGUGGAAGUGUUGGAGCAAGUGCCGCCAGAGAUAGUAGCUCACACUAAGAGGAGCUUCAGAUUUGAUGCUUGCCCAGUGAAGGAGAUUAAAACAGAGAAAGAAAUGUUUCAAGCAACAUCUUUCACUGAAGCAGUUAGAGAGUCAGUUGACUCACUGAGAAUGGAUUCAUUUUGUGUUGCAAAUACAAAAACCAGCACAGCUACCCAGACAGAGCCCCAGUGUUGUGCAGAAUUAGAGUUGGAUCCUCUAAAGUCAGGGAAAUUACUGACACAAGACUCUCUGAGUCAAUCAAAUGAAAGUAAUGUUCCAAAUAAUAGAAAUGAUACAAGGGAAAUUAGUUGUGGUUCUAAUCAAAAUACUUUCUCAUGUUCUGUAAAUUACUGCAUGCCUGUUUUGACUCAUUCUAAAAAGAAGAAAGACCAAACAAGAUUCACAAAUAUGAGUAGUGUGAGGAUCAAGUAUAUGAAUAAGGUGAAACCACCGAUUUCAAAACCAUUCAAUAUCACAGGCAAUAAAAAGAAGUCAAAAUUGGACCUCAAGAUCAAAUUAAAAAGGGUAAACCAAGCUAAGGCAUUUUUACUUGAAUGUCAAAACACUUUUUGCUUAUCCAUCCACAGAAGUUUGCAUGAUGUUUUCUGUCAUGCUCAACUAAAACAAGGAGAACUAACAAACAGAAUAUGUGUUGCUGAAAGUAGUGCAUUCUACAACAGAGAGAAAAAAUUUAAAGAAGGAAAAGAAAACCCUUUUGUACAGGCAGCUUCACAGCAUAGCCAACAUGGGUGGGCUGAUGGAGAUCAAAGUAAGAAAACUCUCACAGAUGAGCCAGACCCAUCACCUAUCUCUUUAAGUCAAGAACAAUCUGCUAACUGUCAGGGUGUAAAGUGCCAGAAAGACUCCCUGAAAAGUACUUUGGAGAUCAGCCAACAAAUGGCUCCCAUCCAAGCUGAAGAAUUACAGACAACUACCAAAACAGAAAAUGGCAUAAACCUCCCCAUGGUUCCUAAAAUUUUAUCUCUUGAAACAGGGACCUCUUCACCUGGUGAAUUUACAAACAUGACAAAUGAUGGCUUAGAAUCUGACAAAAACUUUGAACAUGAACUAGAAUUGUAUCCUGCAGAAAAGGAUUCAGAGACAUACACAGGUCUGCAGGUAACAUUCCUGUCAUCUUCUGAUUCUGUUACAAGACCCUUUGUUUCUAGACCUAAAGGGAAGAGAAAAGCACUGAGAUCAAAUAAGCAGAUGGAGACAAUGAGACAGAGAUAUAGAACUAUGAGGGAAAUAAAAUCAUCAGUUUUACAGUCAAUUAACUGCAGCUUUAGCAAAAAGCCAAACCACAAAGAAAUGAAAUAUUCACAUCAGAGGGGUAACAUAGCAGAUGCCUGUUUGGACUUCAUUCACUACAAGGUACAUAUUUUGUCCAACAAAAAAAGAAAUUCAAAACCAAGAAUAGAUAAACAGAGAAUAAGAAGACUUGGUCAUAUGGAACGAACACAAGAGAAGUCACCAGAUGGAAGAAACAUACACUGUCUGGGUUCUGCUGAUUUGAGUAGUUCCUGUAGCAUGAAGAACUAUGACGAGGAAGCAGAAGAACCAGAUAAUUUCCAGAUCUCAGAAAAUAGCCCCAGCCUUAUAUAUGAUAUGUAUCGAGAAAACGACCAUGACCAAGUAGGGAGAACAAUUACUCAGGUACAAGCACAAACCCCUGCAGAAAUUAUUUCCUGUUCUACUCUAUUCCCCAUCCCAGAAGAACUUCAACUAGAAAAGCUAGAGGGCUGUGUCACUGUUUCCCCUCUAACGUUUGGGGAAACCAAGGAUGGUGCACUAUCUGAAGGAGAAUGCGAUCUGUCUGAUGAAAGACGACACAAGGGACAGGCUGCAGACAGUGAAAAGGUGGUGAGGGAGUUCUCAGCCUCAUGCACACAUCCAACCCAUAGUGGGGAAUUGAAAUGUGACUCAACCAAAGUGAAAGGCAUGUAUCCAGGGGGGAAAUGUCCAGAUGAAACAUCCGAUUUGACAGAUGUUGCACUGGAUAUUAAUAUGAGCAGCAAGAUAGAAACAGAAGAGGGCACAUCAAGCAAAAAAACACCCUGUUCUAUACAAAGGAAGCCAGUGAUGCUGCUUCGUGAAGGGAAGGUUACUUCAGAUGACAUCAAAGAAGUUGAUCUUCAAUCUAAAGAAAAGGAAAAUGGUGAUGACACAUUAUUAAAGUCAUUCCUACAGUAUAGCCAACAUUGUGCACUUUGUUCACAUCAAUGUUCACAUCAAAGCAGGGAUCCUAACUCUCAUGAAUUAAGAAAACAAGGAGGGAAGAACAUUCUGUCCAUUGUGGAACAGGACAUUCCACAGCCAAGUCAGACAACAGGUCUAACACAAAGAGAGUGUGCCACAUGUACGUCAAGUUUCAAGGUUCCUCUCAUACAAUCAGAAGAAUCACAAAUGGAUGAAGUUAACACUGAUAGAACAAAAAGUGGCAUCCCUGCUGAUGGGACUCAUGCACAGAAACUGAACAGUUGGGAUAGAUUGGAAAGAGAAGGGCUUGAAAAUGAACUACAGGCAACCAUCACAGAGUCUUUGACUCUCUCAACCCCCAAUAUACUAAGAUAUAAAAGGAAAAUUAAAGUAUCUCCAUGCAAAGCCUUGCAAGGUAAAAUGUGUUCAACUGGUAUAACUAUGAAAGGAAGGAAAACAUCUGUUUCAAAGAUAUUAACUAUACCACAGUGUGGUCUUAGAAAGCAUCGACUUCCAAAAACCUUGAAAUCACAGAUUUAUGAAUUAUUUAAACAUCCUACUGUCACACCUAAUAAUUUUAAUAUAAAAGUAUUGAAAGAUCCAACAGCAGAGAACAAUAAAAUAUUAUUAAUCCAGGAACUGGCAGAAACAAUGUUAGAGUCUUUGGAUUUCUCCACACCUACAUCAAAAGAGAGAGAGAAUUUAAAACUCAUGGAUAUGGGAAGUGAAAUGAGUAACAAUUGUUUAUCUGUCAAAACAAGAAAGGCAACAAUCUCCCAGGCACUUACUACUGCAGGAUGUGGAACACCAAAACAAGGAAAACUUAUGGCAGGUUUGUCCCUAAAUGCCAUCUUUUCCCCUAUGCCUGUGUCUCUUGAUCUGAACACAUGUGGUGGGAUACAAGAUAGGGGUGUGAUGUGGAAAAUGAGUCUUAGUCCUGAGCUUCACGACCAGUCAGAACGUGAAGAGAGAGCUCAGUGCACACACCACAUGGACAAGGAUACUUCCGCAAACAGCACCAAAGAUAAAAAAGGUCAAGGUGGUGAAGAGGGCCCACUGACUUCCCAAUACUUUGGUUUCAGUGCUGAGAGUACAGCAGGGCCUAGUUCUGUGCAAUCUGGUUUACAACUGAUUGAUUCAGCAACUUAUCCAGAGUUAGAGAGAGCUCUAUAUGAUGGGCAAGCAGAGCCAGUCAAUGUGAAUAACAUACAAAGUAGUAUGGUGGAUGUAACAGCAAAUACACUUUCCAUACAGUCUCUUUAUUACUCUGAAGUGGACACAAGGAUAAAUGGAGAGGAAGCUAUGCAAAUAACCCAAUCUAGUCAUCACCCAAAGCUCCAACAACCAUCAGAUAUAGGAGAAAUAAUCUAUACAAAUUCUAACUUUGAACCUAUCUUGAACAAUGGAAAAUGUUCCAUAGAAUAUUCAUUUCAGAAAGAAGAGGUGAGUACAACACCAGAAAAAAACAUGCAUUUGAAAGAAAAACCAUCAGUUUUACAGAAAAUUCAGUUAGAUAUCACAGAACCAGGGCAAGAGGUACAAAAAAUUAAAGAUGAAAUAAAUGUGGUUGAAACCAGUACCAGCACAUGGAUGCCUUCUUGUUUAAAAUCAGAGACAAGGAUAGAAAAAGCAGAUGCUAUAACCAAAGUAACACUAUACUCUCUGGCAGAAUUAUCACUCCGGACAUUGUCAGCUACACUGGGUGAAGUAAGUGAAGAGUGGGUCAAGGCUUAUAACACUAGUGCCACACUGAAACGAGAGGACCAUAUGCCACAGAAAGCAGAGCAUGAGGUGGAAAUAUUUGAUGAGAAAGUCACAAUGCAUACCACAGAUAAGGGCUGCAAAGGAAAUAAAACACUCUCCCAGGAUUUAUUUUCAAGUUCUACAGAGCAAGGAGAAUUAGAUCCACAAAUUGAAGAUCAAGAAAAAGUGGAUGGAAAGGACAAAAAAGAGCAGAAUUGUAAUAAUGAUGGCAAAGACCAAGAGCAAAUGGGUCUAAAUUACACAAACCAAGAGAAAUGCAGUCAAGAUGAUAGGGAAGAAAAUGAAAAGAAUCCAGAGGGUAGAGAGCAGGGAGAAGCAGGUACAGAUGGCCAGGAACAAGAGGAAGGCUGUCCAGAAAAUAGAGAGCAAGAGACAUGGAAUCACAAAUGUGACACUCAAGGGGAACUGAACCCUAACAGUACAGAGCCAGGGAAAGCAGACCAACAAGGGGAAAGCAAAGAGAAAGUAGCUCCCAAGUGUCUUCCUUCUAAGUCUCCUCAUAAGCUGAUGUCUAUCAGAGCAGAAGGAGAAGAAGAGAGGCAAGGAACCAUAAAAUCAGCUAAUUCACAAUUACAGCACCAGAAAUUGCUUGAAACAGGAAAAACUGAACAAACAGAGUCAACUGAAGAUGAUGGUAAGUCAAAUGUAAAAAUAGGGAAGCAGUGUGAGUCACAGACAUGGAUGGAUAGUAGAAAACUUGUGCAAACAAAAGAUGUAAUGCACCCCAAAGACACAAGUUCCAACAAAAAUCAGAUACAACCUUCUUAUGUACCCAGGACCACUGGGCACUAUGGCACAAAUGCAACAGAUGAACAGACAAAUGUACAUGAAAACUUGGGACCUGUGCAGGAAAGAAACUGUGAACUAGGUGAGGGCUUGACCUUGGCAUCUUUACCUCACAGUAAGGUAGAUAUAGAAAUAAAAGAAAUAUGGAUAGAAACAGGAUCCUUUUCUCCAUACUCACAGAGCAUGGAAUCUUCAGAUGCAGAAACAUCAAGUAAUGCAGCGUCUUCUUUGAAUAACAUCGUAAGUGAUUCAAAAAGCUCAAGAUACAUAUCAUAUAAAGAAGAGAAUGGAAAGAAUACUUUUGAGGGAAGCACUGCACAUUCCAAGGCUGAAUAUGUGAACAUAAAUAAAUCACCGCUUUCAUAUGUACCCGAAAUAAAGAGACCAAAACUGCAUCUUGAAGAGAAAAGUAAAAAGAAGCCAGAAGGCAGAAAGGAAAAAGGUAUGUCCCUAAAAGAAGUUCAUUCUGUCAUUACUUCUUCAGAUGUCUCUACUUUAGACAAAGCAGAGGCAGUUGAAACAGAAGUAAGGCAAAGGCACGUGCCACACUCUGUGUCACAAGAAUCAUUACCUGUAGGGCAAGUUGCAUCUACAGAGUCCAUUUCUAACCAUGCAAAGAGAAGAAAAUUGCAUCUACCAUGUGAAGAAGAGGAAGUACAAACCUCAGCCAUUGACGGUUUGGCAAGGUCUAGUGGCAAAGGUUUAAAGGCAAAGAUGUCUGCAAAUUACCAUGUGCUGAGUGUCAAGGAGAAUAAUAUUCCCAGGAAGAGGAAGACUUUCUGGAGGAGCAGUAAAGAAAAGACAGGACAGAAACAGGGCAGAACUGGAGGAUAUAAAGUUUUUGCAACAAAGAAUUAUAUUUCCAAGCCCUCUAUUCCUCACCAUGGAUUGUCUCCUCAACAGGAACAUUUUCUUAUGGCAUCUUGUACAGGGGAACUCACACAUGCAGGUUCAAAUGAAGGCAUUAUCCUACCUAAUGUGAUAAGUAAAGCCAAUAUACAAGAGUUAUAUGAUGAGACAAAGGCUAGAGUAACAGAUAAAGACAGGAAAGAUAGCAUAAGUUUGAGAGAAAGACUAUCCCCACCUAUACAUUUUAAUGACAGCAUGCCACCUUUUAAUAUUAGAGAGCAAAGAAAAAAACAUAAGAAAGGCAAAGGUGAACCAAUAAUGAUAGUUCUAAAGGAAGCAGCUCCCUUGCCUUUUCCAUCUUUUCUGAAGUCAGACACUAGAGUGAAUGAAGAAGAAGGUAUACUAGGAGAAACACAAAUUUCUUUUCUACCACCAACUAUAAAAGACAAAUCAGAGUCAGACAAAAAAGCAUGCAUGGAAUCACCAGGUAAUGUGCUAAGCAACAGGAAAGAACCAACACAUGAAGAAAAAAAGAAUAAACCCAUAAAAGAUGUGAAAGACAAAGAGAUCACCAACUCAAUGGAUCAAACUGUAAAGAAAUUACCAUGGUCACAUACACCCAGUAUCAAAGAGUUUCAGAGGAAAACCCAGAUGGAAAAACUCGUGGAUAUGGCAAACAUAAUUGUAGCAUUGUCCAUCUCACAAUUACAACUCAAUACAUUUUUAGGUGCACAGAUAGCUGGUAGAGAAGUUUACAGUGAAAUAAAAUUACUGAAUGAACACAUGCCACAGAAAGAAAAGGAAGGAGAAGAAAAGCAUGUGGAUGUAAACAGUAUAAUGCAUGCCAAGGAUAUAUAUUGGAAGACAAAGAAAUCACCUACUUUACCUAUGCAGAAUUUGAAUGACCAGAACUGGAAAAGUAGAGAGCAAGAGGGAAAAGUUAAAGAUAGACGUGAAUCAGGUGUAGCAUUAACUAAGAAGUCAACCAAGACAUCCACUGCUAUGCCUCCCCAACCUAUCCUUAUUGUUAAUGCUGGAAUCAUGGAAAAAUGUACACCAGUGUUAACAAGAUCCUCUGUUUCCUUGGGAUACUUGCAGAAAUCAUCAGAUUCUGAAGGAGGCAUUUACAAACAGCCAAUUACUGGAGAUACUCCAAUUAGUAUACAAAAUGAAAAAGAAUAUAUAUCAGAGGAAAAGGAUGAAGAUAAACAAGGCUUAGUUCCGACUAAAUCCUCUUCUUUGUUACAAGAUCUGUUUCAUUCCAAAUUCUCUGAAAAAAUAGAAUUCAAAGACACAAAAUCAACACUUAAAAAUUCUGCUUUGCAGAGACUAUCAACUAAAGGAGAAACAUUACCUAGAGAGGCCAUUGUUGAUGAUACUACAGAAGCUGUUCAAAAACAACAUAUGCCUCAGAGAGAAGAGACAUACAGAAAAGAAAUAGAUAGGCGAUACACAGAUGUAAUUUUGAAAUCACUUCUCUCCCAGAAGCUUCAGAGAACAGAACUACCUAUUCAUAUUAACUCACCCAAAACAAAUGAACAAGACAAAAGUGAACCCCAAGUUUUAAGAAAAAUGUUUACGUCCAUACCUUCUACAACCAAGGUUACCUUGUGUAAAGCUGUACAAGUAGAUGAAGAAAGGCCAGAAAAUGGACUAUUUGACCCAUUCCCACAAACGUUUCCAGCAUUAUCAGAUGCAAAUGAAAUGUCAAACAAAGAGGACAUGUGUGGUCGUGUCAGAAAAGGAAAACCAUGUACAAAGCAAAAAGUGGUAGAUUUGACAAUUGGGAUGCACUGCAAAAGUACAAAGGUCUCACCAAUUUCAUAUCUCCUUAAUACAAAGGAAUUUGUUCUGAAUAUGAAGGUUCUGGAGAAAAAAGUACACAAAGAUAAAAGUGAACUGGCUGUGGUUGCAACACGAUCUUUCCUGUCCAUAUUAUCACCACCUUCUAGGUAUUCACAGGAAAAAACACAGAGAGACACAGCAAGAGAUACAGGACACUCUUACCCACAGGGAAAUUUCCAGAAAGCAGCAGAUGCCCAGGAAACAGAAAAUGGAGAGUCGGCUGAAGACAAUAAUAACUGUAUUGUUAAGACAACACAACAUAAUGUGCUACAGAACCAAGCCAGGUCACAGAAGUCAAAGUCAGUGUCCAGUGUCCACCGAAUAAGUGAGCUUCCACAAGUUGACUCAGAAUGUGAGUCAGCUCCCCCAGAUCUUAAAAUAGAUCUCACAACAUUAGGUACCAUUAAAAGGGCAAACAUGCUGGAGAUGUCCUUCAAAGGGCAAAAGGGCCAGCCAGAAAAAUGUGAAAAAGAACCUUCAACUAAAAUUGGAAGUUGGAAAAAGGAAAAUGAAAUCAAAGAUAAUUUAAGUCACAAAACAAGUCCUAAGUUUCCAGUUUCUCCAGUAAAUAAAUUACUCAAGGAGGCACUGACCACAAGUGAAACCCUUGUAUGUUCAAAAGGGCCUGUGACAGAGAGUAGACAGGAGAUUGGCUCAGCUAGAUCUACUAAGCCGGAGAAAGAUAGACAGAAUAAUGCUAACAUGAGCAAAAUGUUACUUCCAAAAGAGACAUCUCAAAAUAAGGAAGAAAAUGUUAACAUGAAAGAGCAAGCCAUUCCUCACCGCAAGAGUGGAGAGCAAACAAAGCAGGAUUCCUUCCCUCUUCUUAUUGGUCCAGUUUACAGGGAAAAUCAGAGGAUACCUUUACAAACAGAUGUGGAUAGGAAAAGUGCAGUGAAUAUCAGCCCACAAAUGCAGUCAGGGGCACACAUGAGAACAGCAGAGUGUAAUGCCACAAGAAGGACAGAAGAUCCACCAUUAAUAGUUCUGGAACAAGAACAAUGCGAUCUGGCAUUGCCUCAGAAGUCCCAUGAUUCUGUACUGAACUCUGAACCCAGAAAUUUAUGUUUUCUAUGUUUACAAACUAGACAAGGGGUUGUUGCAGAGAGUGAGGACUUAAAUAUCAUACAUAAACCUGACAUGAAUACCACUGAACAAGAAGAAAUAGGAAAAGACAUUAUAACACCCCCAGAGUGUCCAUUUGAAAAUCAGACAUCAAAGAUGAUGAACAUGUCCCUAAAGAAGUAUGACUCUCACCAACAAAGGGCUAUUCCAGAAGAUUACAGUUGCAAGGUUUAUCUGAAAAUUAUAAAAAUGAAUUUUAGGUCUCCAAAAGUUGAUAAUAGACCUGCUAACUUAAAAAUUGAUUCCCGAGGACAAUGUCCUCCUCUCGACUAUAUAAAGACACCAACAAUGAAUGUUUCAAAUAGCAGCAGCAAGGUCAUGGUAGAAUCAAAGGGCACUGAAAAGCAAGAAAGUGUAACAUCAUUUGAAACUUGGAGUAAUCCCCCAUCAAGCCACAUUCUCCACAAGUUCUCAGAGAAAGAAAAGGAAGACCUCCUUGUGCACUUUAGUACAAAAGCACUAGAGAGACAAGCAACAGGCCUUCCCAGAAUUGUAGCACAAUCUUAUGCAAUGGCCAAUGCCCAGGAUAAAUCAAAACCCUUGUUUAAGUGUAUCCAUUCUACCACCAAAGAACCAAAACGAACAAACAGGGUUUUAGUACUUUUUGAUGAAAGAUCUUUUUGUGAAAUCGAUCAUGAUUUGCAAUGCAAAUACCUCCGCUCUAUUGCUAGACCUAUCACUGUGGUCUCUAAGCCAAAUGUACUGCCCAAACAUACUUCUAAGUCAAGCAUGGGUUCAGGCCUAGAAUGUGAAAAAGUAGAAAAUACUGAAGAAAGUAGUAUUCUUUCCUUUGACAAAGAACCUUUACAAUAUGUUCCUUUCCAAAAGAAAAAUUCACAACAAAGCUCAUUACUAACCAGAAAAUUCCAGGAACCAGCGAGUGUACCUGCCUUUUACCCUGAUCUACAAGGCACAGAGCAGAAUGAUAUGACAAUUCUUUCAGAUUUAAAAUUUCAGAUGACAUCAGAAAAGGAUAAACAAUAUCAUGUAUGGUUUCAAGAAACUAGUUCAUACAAGCAUUCUGUUUCAGGAACUCAGCAAAAUACUUCUGAUUUAGCUGGUUCAUAUUCAUCUUGGAUUUCUGAUGACUGGACUAAUGAUGUCCCACUAAAUACUGAGACUUUAACUGACUUGGUGGAAUGUCCAGCUUCUGAGGAAAGUGACAGUGAGGAAUGUGUGUUUAUAGAAACCAAUUUUUACUUAACUCAAGAUUCACAAAAGUUCCUGUUUGAAGUACCUAAAGGCAUUCCAUUGGCAGAUACUCACAAAGUGGAUGAAACAACUCUUUUGAAACCAUUUUACUGUGGAGAUCCAAAUGAUUAUCAUACCAGAACCCAUAGAAAACGCAUCUCCCCCGUGACACAGUCUUGCUAUCAGUCUCAAAAUACUAGGAAAUAUAGGAUAAACUCCAAAAUGCAGUCUCCUGACUGGUUGUCUCACAGCUCAUCCAAUACUGUGGAAAUAGAAUCUACAAAAUCUUGCAUAACAUGGAAUGAAGACUGGACCUCAAGCACAUGGAGCAAAACAAGCUACUCUUUAACCUCCUCAACAACUGAAUCAAAUAUUAAAUUGAAUGUUGCAAGAAAACAUGGCAAGUCUUACAUGUACCCCCAAUUCAAAGAAAGAAGGACAGCUAAAUCUGAUUUAUGGAGAAAGUCCAAUGUUGAUCAGAGUUCAAAUUAUAGUCACUCACACAGUGAAGAGCAACACCCAAGGAGGAAGAGACCAUAUCAUUAUGAAUCCAAAGAACAAAAUCCACAAACCAAUCAGAUGCCAGAACCCAGUGCUCAUUGGCAGAAUAUCAAAUUCUAUUCAGAAAGAGAAAAACAGCCCUUUCUUUAUGCCUGUAUACCAGCAGAUUCAAUGGAUGUUAUCCCCCAAACCAUUCGCUGGGUUAUUCCCCCCAAAAUAUUACAGCAAAGAAACUUCCUAGUUCCUCAAGUGGCAAAUAUUUCAAAAUCUUGGAACCUAUUGAGUUCAUCCAAAAAGCUGUUGAGAUCACUUGCAUGGGCCAUUAAUAGAAUCCGUUAUCGUUGAUAUCAGUUGCAUGUGGAUUCUUCUG